CGCGACUCUCCGGCACAAGCCAUGAGUCUGCUCUUUCGCACAGAAAACAAAUUGACGCCGUAGACUGUAGUUAUAGGUCUUCCAACCUUAAGACGCCUCGUUGAAACCAAUCAAAAUUUCUGAUUCAUAAACGGGGCAUUUCGUUUCAUAUCUUAGAAAUUAUUUAAUCUCAAAGCAGCGCUAUUGGUGAUUAGAUUAUAAAUUGGAUUAGAUUUGUAUUAUCAGAUCAAUCGCCACAAUUUCUCAGCUUAUGGACGGCAUAAUGAAUAGGCUACGCAAUCUGGACGCCUACCCGAAAAUCAAUGAGGAUUUCUAUAGCCGUACGCUCUCCGGUGGUGUUAUCACUCUCGCUUCCUCCGUCAUCAUGUUUUUGCUCUUCUUCUCCGAGCUCCGAUUAUAUCUCCAUGCCACGACUGAAACUAAGCUUGUUGUAGAUACUUCAAGAGGAGAAACUCUGCGUAUCAAUUUUGAUGUCACUUUCCCUGCACUUCCAUGUUCUAUACUCAGUCUUGACGCCAUGGACAUCAGUGGGGAGCAACACCUUGAUGUAAAACAUGACAUUUUCAAGAAACGAUUAGACAAUCAUGGCAAUGUUAUUGAAGCUAGACAGGAGGGGAUUGGUGCUCCUAAGAUUGACAGGCCUUUGCAGAGACAUGGUGGCAGGCUUGAACACAAUGAGACAUAUUGUGGUUCCUGUUUUGGUGCUGAAACAUCAGAUGAAGAAUGUUGUAAUUCCUGUGAGGAGGUUCGGGAAGCAUAUCGGAAGAAAGGUUGGGCAUUGUCAAAUCCAGAUUUAAUUGACCAGUGCAAAAGAGAAGGCUUUUUGCAAAGAAUUAAGGAAGAAGAAGGUGAAGGAUGUAAUAUACAUGGGUUCUUGGAAGUCAAUAAGGUGGCCGGGAAUUUUCAUUUUGCUCCUGGGAAAAGCUUUCAUCAAUCAGGUGUUCAUGUACAUGACAUAUUGGCAUUUCAAAGGGAUAGUUUUAAUAUAAGUCACCAGAUCAAUAAAUUAUCGUUUGGAGAGUACUUUCCUGGUGUUGUCAAUCCUCUUGAUGGUGUGCAUUGGACACAUGAAACACCAAAUGGGAUGUAUCAAUAUUUUAUCAAGGUUGUACCUACUGUGUACACUGACUUACAUGGGAACACUAUCCAGUCAAAUCAGUUCUCUGUAACUGAACAUUUCAGGAGUGCAGAAAUAGGUCGUCUUCAGACCCUUCCGGGGGUCUUCUUUUUUUAUGACCUUUCUCCAAUCAAGGUGACUUUCACAGAAGAACAUGUGUCAUUCUUACACUUCCUAACUAGUGUUUGUGCUAUUGUUGGAGGUGUUUUCACAGUUUCGGGAAUCAUAGAUUCAUUUAUAUACCAUGGUCAAAAGGCAAUCAAGAAGAAGAUGGAAAUUGGUAAAUUCAGUUGAUCAUUGAGUUGGCCAUAUUGCAGUACUGUAUUUGUUUUGUCCACCAUUGCUAGCGAUGAAGGAGAAAUUCCAAAUGAAGAAAACAGGAAAACCCUGGAAUGGACUCUCUCCUUGAUGGGUUGAUUGACUUUUUUCAGUUACAACAAAUGUUGUGUUUGGUGGCUGAAUUAGACUAAUUUCUUAGUUCAUUUUUUUUUUUUUAUUAUGUGAAAAAUUGCCUCUGCCACUGAGCCAUUCAUGCAUCUUUCUGAAGGAUGCUUGCUGGGGGGGUUUCAUUUUUUUGAUGGGGAACUUGCUAUCGGGUAUAGUAAUAUAACAAAAAAGUGCUGUAUGCUUUUUUAUUUUUUUUUAAAUGACCAAGUGCAAUAUGCUUUGCUACA